AUAUUAACCUUUCUCACGCCUCCACGCUCCAAAGCCCCUCAACUCGUGGUCUUAUAGCUCAUUUGCUACUCUUAACGAUGGCGUCUUCUUCGUCUGCGGCGAGGAUACUCCUCCGCAAUGGAAACUCGGCGGUGGGUCAUCUCCUCCGUGCCCGUCCGACCAAUCUCAACGAGGCUGCGCAAAAUGUCGGAUCGGUUCGGUCUCUAUUGCUACUUAACCGGACACCGGUGACCCAGUUCCCGGUUCUGUCUGAAUCUUUCCCGGUGAUGCAACCCGGGUUCUUGGGUUUGGCCGAGAAACUGGGGAUGUUUUACGAGGUGGAUGGGUUCAGGACGGGGAAAAUGGAGGCGGCGCGUGGGAAGCAAGUGGUGGACGAGGAGGACGACGGUGGAGAUUUGGACGAAGGGGAUUUUGAGGAGAUGGAAGAUUUUAGCGAUGAGGAAGGUUUCGAGGAUGAGGAUGACGACCUCGAUGACGAUGACGACGACGACGACAACGAAUAUGAGAAGCCCACGAGGACGAGGAAAUAAAUCCGAAUGCUUUCUCUGUCUUGAAGAUGAUUCUGGUUUGUUUAAAGUCAUAAGCUUUAGAUCGAAUAUCAAUGGAUGAAUAUGAAAGUUCUGGUUAAAUGGCGAUCCUUCUUCUUCCUGUUCUUCGUAUCAGUUCUGAUUCUGUCAUAAAACGUCUCCCUUGUUUGUUC